GUGAACACAUCACGUGGUGCAAUCUAUGGUUUUCACGUUGAUUACGGUAAUGAUGCCUCUAGCCUUUAUUUUGGAGAUGCCGAUGUGUUUCUUGGGAUACCGUAUGCAAGGGCGCCUGUUGGUCACCUGAGAUUCGCGCAAACUAAGCCAUUGCUCAAAUUCAAAUCUGGUUAUUACAAUGCAUCGAAACAUUCGAAAUAUUGUCCUCAAACUGCACAUUUCGAUAAGAAUACAAUGAGUGAGAACUGCCUCAAGUUGAAUAUUUUCACUCCUGCUGUAAGUGGUCUUCUUUGGAACGAUCGAUUUCGCUGUUGUUCAAACGCGAUCUACGGUGGCCUGACUGAAGGUAACGCUCGUGAACUGGACAUACCUGGAGCAAUAACUAACUUUGUGAGUCGUGAUGUUAUCGUCGUUACUGUUCAGUAUCGAGUUGGUGUUCUCGGUUUCUUCACGACAAAUACUGAUGACUUCCCACCGAAUCGUGGUCUGCACGACGCAGCAACAGCCCUCAAUUGGGUCUACGAUGAGAUUGAGGCAUUUGGUGGUAAUAGGUCAGAAAUUACAAUAUUCGGAAUAUCUGCUGGAUCGAGUAUUGUUUCUGCACUCACUCUUAGUCCAUUGACUAGAGAUAUAAUCCACCAAGCCAUAAUGCAAAGUGGAAGUCUAUUGACGAUGUACGAUGGAUAUAUAAGGCAGCCUUCGAAACGAAGUCAAAUACUGGCUGAAAUGAUGUGUAACUGUUCGGCAACGGAAUGGGAGUCGAAGCGUUUCGGCAGAUUGCGGCAAUGUAUGGAGCACGCGACGAUGUAUUUCAUUUUGGAUAAUGAUUAUGAAUAUGGCAAGCAAGUGAAUGAUUUCGGAUGGCUGAUUACUGCAGAUAAUCUCACGUUACCAGAUACUCCUCAGACUUUGGCGGAACAAAGACCGAACAUUCCAGUAAUGAUCGGAACGGCCAGAGAUGAAUUUUAUUAUUUCGUCGCAACAGUUUUCCAGUUGAAUUUUGUAAUUUUAAAUCGAUUUUCAUUCGAAGGUGUUCGUAAAGAAAACCUCGAAACUAUUUCAGUUCGUGAGCAUUCGACAACUCUCGAAGAUUUCAAUUCCACGUUUCACAGGACUCUUUUUGAUCGCAUUGUUGGUAACAUAACCGAAAAGACUGAAUUGAAUGAAAUGAUAUAUGAGCUGAUAAGUGCCAUUUAUGUAAGGCAUGGUGUACCUGAACUGAGUGAGGAUGACCACGAAAGGUGGUUGAAAACUACUGUUGAAACAUUCGGUGGCUUAUUCUUCAUUGCACCAAUUGCGAAAGAGAUUGAGUGGUACCGAAACGGUGAUAAUAAAGACAUUUUCAUCUAUGAGUUUGAUUACGAAUCGGAUUUAGUACACACUGAUCGAUUCGACGAUUGGAAACCCAUUUCUCAUACCGAAGAAAUAUGUUUCAUAUUCCUCUCGGAGGAAUGCUGGAAACGAGGUGAGCGUGAAAAUCGUACCGUCUCUAUGGAUCAUACGAUCGCUGACCGUUUGGGGCAGUUAUGGACUGACUUUGCUAAAACGGGAGUCCCUUCACCUUCAUGGGAACCGUUUGAUGACAUCGACUCGUUCAAAUAUUAUUCAAUCAGUUCAGAUCCAUCAAUGAAGUGCGGUUAUUCGGAUAAACAUCGAUAUGCUUGGAACGAUGUUAGUUAA